UAGUCGGACCGGUUCCACCUCAGUUCUCUCCCUGGUGUGGAGGGAGAGAAACCAGAGGGCUGGAUGUAGUAUUUACUCUGUCGGGGGGGGGUCUUCUGAUGUCGAGGAGGAAGCCCGAGUGAGCGAUUCCGGGAUGGGCUCGGACGACACGUACAAUUUUGUUUUCAAAGUGGUUCUGAUCGGCGAGUCCGGGGUGGGUAAGAGCAACCUGUUGACGCGCUUCACCAAGAACGAGUUCAACCUCGACAGCCGUACCACCAUCGGCGUGGAGUUCAGCACUCGCACCGUCCAACUGGACAACUGCACCAUCAAGAUGCAAGUGUGGGACACGGCCGGACUGGAGCGCUACCGCGCCAUCACCUCGGCGUAUUACCGCGGGGCGGUGGGCGCCCUGCUGGUGUACGACAUCAGCAAGCACCUGACGUACGAGAACGCCGAGCGCUGGCUGAAGGAGCUCUACGACCACGCCGACCCGCACAUUGUGGUUAUGUUGGUGGGCAACAAAAGGGACCUGGAGGACCUGCGCACCGUCCCCACCGAUGAGGCUCGGGCCUUUGCAGAGAGCAAGGGUCUGAUGUUCAUGGAGACGUCAGCGUUGGACUCCUCCAACGUGGAGGCGGCCUUCAUCGACGUUCUGACGGCGAUUCAUCGCAAGGUCUCCAGCCGAGAGGUGACGCGGGGCUCCAUCAGCGCCGUGACGCUCACCAGCGAGGUGCAGGAGGAGCAAAGGCGCUGCUGCAAGAGCUCGUAAAAAAAUAAGCUGUUGUUUAGAUUCUUUGGUCGCCUUUUAACGAUACAGUGGUGCAUUGCACUUGCGAGUUGAUUUGUUUCGUGACCACGCUCGUAA